CAUGGCGGCUUUGGAAGAUGAUGAUGUUUUGGAUGAAGAACAUUUGAACGCUGUGAUCCAGUUUCCUGCUGAUGUUCAGGAAGCUAUUGAUCAGGUUUUGCCAAGUAAUGAACCUUUAGACAAGCCCGACUUCAAUGCAGUAGACUACAUCAAUACUCUGUUUCCAACAGAACAGUCACUCUCCAACAUAGAUGAUGUUGUCAGUCGAAUAAGACACAAAAUCAGGAGUCUUGACGAUGAUAUUCGUACUGUGGUGCGAGGUCAGACGAAUGUAAGCGAGGAUGGCCGUCAUGCCCUUGAGGAGGCACAGAAGGCAAUUCAACAACUGUUCGCCAGGAUCAAGGAUAUCAAAGACAAAGCUGAGAAGUCGGAAGAGAUGGUCAAGGAAAUCACCCGUGACAUAAAGCAGCUGGACCAUGCUAAGCGGCAUUUGACUAGUUCCAUAACAACACUGAAUCAUCUUCAUAUGCUGGUUGGUGGAGUUGACACACUACAGAGUUUAUCACGUCGACGUCAGUAUGGUGAGGUGGCCAAUCUACUUCAGGGUGUUCUUAAUGUACUUGAACAUUUCCAGAAAUACAUGAGCAUUCCACAGAUCAGGCAAUUAGCUGAUAAUGUGAAACAAAUCCAAGUUGAACUUGGAACACAAAUACUGGCAGAUUUUGAAGAGGCAUUCCAGAGCAAGUAUGGACCAACAAACCAAGCUCAGCUGGCCGAAGCCUGCCUUGUGGUUAAUGUUCUGGAUCCAAAGGUGAAGCGGGACUUGCUCAACUGGUUCAUUCAACUACAGCUCAAGGAAUAUCUGGAGCUCUUUGGAGAGACACAGGAUGUUGCCUGGCUGGAUAAGAUCGACAGAAGAUAUGCCUGGAUCAAGAGGACUCUUGUAGAGUUUGAGGAAAAGUUCGGCCGGCUGUUCCCAGCAGAAUGGGAAGUCAGUGAAAGAAUAUGUGUGGAAUUCUGUGAAAUAACAAGGAGGGAAUUGGGUAAAAUCAUGGCCAAGCGGGCUGAAGAAAUUGAGGUGAAACUGCUUCUUUUUGCCAUCCAGAGGACUAUGGCAUUCGAACAGCUUCUGACCAAGAGAUUUACUGGUGUGACGAUACUAGGAGAGGCGGUGCUGAAGUCACCACCAACUUCUGUGGCAGCGACACCUACCAACCCAUUUGAGAACUAUCAUCCAGGGAAUCCAUUUGUUGAAGGUGCUGAGCUGGAGAGUCCUCAAGAAAGUGUUGAUCCUCGGCCUGCUGCAGUGAAGCCAGCACCAUCUCCAUUCAUUGGCAUUAUUUCCAAGUGCUUUGAAGCUCAUCUUAAUAUCUACAUUGCCUCUCAAGAUAGGAAUCUGGCUGAGCUAGUAGACCGCUUCGUGAAUGACUUCAGGCGUACUGGGAUCCCACGUGUCGAGUCUGAGGAAGUGAGCAAUGUUCUGCCGAGCUGUGCUGACUUGUUUGUCUACUAUAAGAAGUGUAUGGUGCAGUGCUCCCAGCUGAGUACUGGCCUACCCAUGCUCGAGAUGACCAGGUGUUUCCAGAAGUACCUCAAGGAGUAUGCUGUCAAACUGUUACUCAGCAACUUGCCCAUUAAAAAAUCUUCAGAAAACUCUUCAAGCAAUGUUAGUUUGCUUCCACUCUAUAAAAGAAUGUCUAGUCAAGGCAGUGGCAUCACCUCGGCAUCCGGUCUGAUCCAGAGCAUCUUGAAGGAGGGAGAGGUUACCAAGUUCACCGAGUCUGACCAGCGUCUUGUCUGCGGUAUCUUGUGCACUGCGGAAUACUGCUUGGAGACGACGCAGCAGCUGGAGGACAAACUGAAAGAGAAGGUUGACCCGGCACUUGCUCCCAAGAUAGAGCUUGGCCAAGAGAUGGAUAUGUUUCAUUCGGUCAUAUCUAACUGUAUUCAGUUAUUGGUGCAAGAUUUAGAAGGUGCUUGUGAACCACCACUUACUGCGAUGAGCAAGCUACAAUGGCAGAAUGUCGAGAGUGUGGGCGACCAGAGUAACUAUGUGACGGCUGUCAUAUCACAUCUCAAACAGAAUCUGCCGUACAUCAGAGACAACCUGGCAUCUUCGAGGAAAUAUUUCACUCAAUUCUGCCAUAAAUUUGCCAAUUCAUUUAUCCCGAAAUUUAUCAACAGUCUCUACAAGUGUAAGCCAAUCAGCACAGUUGGAGCUGAACAGUUGCUGUUAGACACACAUUCACUGAAGACAGUUCUUCUUGAUCUGCCGUCACUAGGAUCUCAAGUGCCAAGGAAAGCUCCUGCAAGUUACACCAAGAUAGUGGUGAAGGGUAUGACCAAGGCUGAGAUGAUCUUAAAGGUGAUCAUGUCUCCCCAUGACCCGCCCCAAGGUUAUGUAGAGAACUACAUCAAGUUACUCGUUGACAGAGAUAUCAAUGAGUUCCAGAAAGUCUUGGAGAUGAAGGGCUUAAAGCGAAAUGAACAGAGUACCUUGCUUGACAUCUUCAGGACAAAGAUCCCAUCACAAGGCCAACAUGGUGGUAGCAGUGACCACCAUCAUUCAGGACCGACCGGCUUUGCUGCUCCACUAGAGGCACUGGUCGACCACGAGUCAAGCAGAAUUAGAAAGUUAGAGAAACUGAUAAAGAAGAGACUAUAGUGAUGUGAUAAGUUCAGAGAACCGCAUCGCCACCUUUACCUACCCCAGUUGGUAAAAAAAACAAUAGGGUUAGAUGGGAAGGCAAGGGUGUUGCUUUCAGAAUAGAGACAGAUUAUUCAGGACAUACAAGGCUCUGUGAUCUUCCAAGGCCUACCUGGGGGAUUGGACACAUAUAUUAGGGAAAACUUUGAAGAAAGAAAGAGUUCUAUCAAGACUGCCGAAUUGGGCAGAUCACAUCAGACAUGCAUGUCAGAGAAUUUUCCCAGCCACUGGUCCACUGGAUAAACUCUCCAGUAUAAUUGUAAUACAUGUAUAUAAAAUCUAUGUCUAUGAAAUAAAUUAUGUGUAUGAACUAAA